UCGUCGAAACGUUCUAGCAUCAUGCCGCCAAAGACCCCAGGAAAGGCCGCCAAGAAGGCCGGCAAGGCCCGCCGUGCAGGUGGAGCCAAGAGGAGGAGGAGAAGGAGGGAGUCCUUCGGAAUCUACAUCUACAAGGUGCUCAAGCAGGUGCACCCCGACACCGGUGUCUCCAGCAAGGCCAUGGGCAUCAUGAACUCCUUCGUCAACGACAUCUUCGAGCGUAUCGCUGGCGAGGCUUCCCGCCUGGCUCACUACAACAAGCGCUCCACCAUCAGCAGCCGGGAGAUCCAGACCGCCGUGCGUCUGCUCCUGCCUGGUGAGCUGGCCAAGCACGCCGUCAGCGAGGGCACCAAGGCCGUCACCAAGUACACCAGCUCCAAGUAAAUCAACAACUACAAGAUCUACCACACCGGCCCUUUUCAGGGCCACCAAAAUAUUUCUUGAGUGCUGUAUCGAUCUCCGAAUUAGUAGGUUUCUCCGAACUAUGAAUGAUUAGCACGUUUAGUAGUUUCUUGUCGGUGCAUUUCUAAAAUCAAAU